AUGGGAACUGAAGUACAGUCAAAGAUGUAUCAACCAGGAUAUUAUUCCGUGCAGAAACUAAGUAGCAAUGUUGGCCAUGGUAGCUGGUCCCUGCUUCAUGAGAACAAAAACUUGAAGAAUGGGCAACAAUAUGAAUUAUUCUUGACAAGGCCGAUUAUGGAUGGAUUUCAUGGACGCGAUAAGGAACAAAUGAGGCAAACUAUACUGAAGCAUGAGUCAGUAUUCAGGCAUCAGCUCAAUGAACUCUAUCCUGUUUACGAAAGGCAAAAGGACUUGAUGAACGAGAUCAAAAGCAAAGAACUACGCAAACAUCAAAAAGUAGCAGGGACAUCACUAUCAACUCUCUCUUCCUCUGGCUUUCCAAACGAAGAUGACAGAAACAGUAGGCAUAAUUCUAAUUUACCCUUGGUUGAUUCCAGUUUUGGUAGACCAUGUACAUCGAGUACUGGAAGUAUCAGCCAAUCUGCUUGUAAUUCUAUUGGAAAAACCCUGCAAACCAGUGGUGGCCCCAGCGAACCUAUAGUCAGGAUGAAGGACCGCGAAUCUCCGGAUUCCAGAGGGAAGAAACCUCGGAGAAGAUUGUUCAAUCUUGAACUUCCAGCCGAUGAAUACAUCAGUGAUGGAGAAGAACCAGAAGGAGAUUUCAUGGGGUCAGACACAGAAAAUUAUCCUCCUAACAGAAAAAAUGUGGUUACUCAGGCAAGAGAUGAUAUUUUAUCUAGUCACAUUGGUGAAACAUCCGGCUAUAACAAUAUAGACAGAGUGUCCGCUUCAACUUCUGUCUUUAAGUUUGGCAAUGACUUCAGCUCCAAAGAGGAGAUAGAAAGGCAGGAAUUCCCUAAAAACCCACAAAUGGGGAAGGAUGGAAGAGUUAGUAAUCUGCAUUUAAAGAACAAAAGGCACCAAAAAGAGUGGUCAACAAAUGCUCUCAAGGCUGGUAAGGAACUAGUUAUCUGA